AAAUAAUGGUGCAUUUAGCUGCAUGUAAAUAGAUAUCUUCAUAAAUCUCUAAACAAUAAGACAUUCGGCGUGCUUCUUUAAAGACACAUUAACCAUUAAGUUGUACAAUUUAAGUAGAGGCAGAAGGAAAUAUUUAGUCGUUUUAUACAGAAUUUAAAUCAAAUAAUGCAGAAGUUAUAUCGUGUGCUGAAACCACUUGAAGAUUGGUCGAAUGGAAUACAAGCUGAUAAUCCCAAUGCAGUUUAUACAGUUAUGGAGCACGUUAGUAAGGGAUAUUUGCAAACACAGUUUAUUUCGACAAGUAAAUCUUAUGUUCUAGUGAAGGAUUUUGCUGGAAAGGGAAGGCCAAAUGGUGCAGCAGGAACAAAGAAAAUUGUAGAAAUUGAUGUCGAAAUAUUACUACAGCAUGUUCCUAAUUGUAUAUAUAUUGAUCUUACGGAUGCAGCUGUUCUCGACGUGCAUAUACCUAAUCUGUUAGAUGAACCACAUAAUCGUGUUAGAAGAUUUGCAAAAGCAUUUGAGGAAGUACUGUUAAAGCCGGUAAUAAAGCAGCAGCCUAUACCUGAUUUUAAUACAGGACAAUUGAUACAGCAGCCAGAUUUACCGUUCAAGAUACCACCACAGUGUAUCAAAGAGAUAGAUUGUGUAUAAAGCUAUGACUAGGAGGAAUUUUAGUAUUUAAAUGUGUAAAUAAAUUGUGAGCAUUUAAGCAUGUUAAGAAAUAAUUGUAUACCAACUAUAAUUAAAAGUAUUCCAUCUUUUUGCUGAGAAUAUUUUAAUUCUUGUAUCAAACAUGAUAACUUGUCCAAAUAAAUAAUUGUUUUGUUCAGUGAAUUCACUCUCCUGUCACACCAUGACGAAAAACAAUACGGUACGUCAAGAACAGUUUCGAAAUCAAUUUAUUGACGAAAUGUUAAAUCAGCUGACUUGUAAAUUUUAUAGACAGAGAAAUCUGAAAUCUUUGAACAACAUUUACAAUAAUUUUGUAAUAGCGAUUUCUCACAUUCUAAACCACGAUCAAAUUAAAAAAAGUAUGACGUUUUGACGAAACCAAAUAUAACAAAUUGAUUGUUACGAUUUGGACAUUUUAAUCAAGCUUUAAGUCAUUUUGUCAGAACCUUACAAUUAUGAAACUAGAUACAACAAGUUUUCAAUUAAAGUAUCUUGGUAAAAUCGAAAUGAAUAUACUCCGGACAGUACGAAGUUAAAACGUUAAAAUUUGAUACACUCUGAAGAAUAAUCAUGUUGGAAAAUGAAUUGAUAUAUUUUUUGCUACAAAACAGUUUAAACUGCUAUGACCAAUUUCGCAAACUAUAAUGUUGCAUAUUAUCUAAAAUUAAUCGUUGACUUUCAAGUUAAAAAUUGUUUUUAAAGCUCAAGGAAACUUUUUUUAACAUAACACAAAUAUUCAGAGUUAUUUGUUAUUUUGAAGUUUACCACUGGCACCAG